AUGGCAAGUGAAACAGAGGACGUCAAGUAUGAAGAGAGUUUCAUAAAGAACUCUCGAGGGAUGAAGCUAUUCACGUGCAAGUGGAUACCAGCGAAUCAAGAGCCAAAGGCUUUACUCUUUAUCUGCCAUGGAUAUGCAAUGGAAUGUAGCAUCACCAUGAACAGUACUGCAAGGAGGCUUGUGAAGGCAGGAUUUGGAGUGUAUGGAAUGGAUUACGAAGGACAUGGCAAAUCUGAUGGGCUUAGUGCUUAUGUCCCAAACUUUGAUCAUCUCGUUGAUGAUGUCUCUGCCCACUACACAUCAAUUUGCGAGAGAGAAGAGAAUAAAAAGAAGAUGAGGUUUUUGGUUGGAGAAUCGAUGGGAGGAGCAGUGCUUUUGCUGGUACACAGAAAGAAACCUGACUUUUGGGAUGGGGCCGUCUUGGUUGCUCCAAUGUGUAAGAUCGCAGAAGAAAUGAAACCAAGCCCUGUGGUUAUUUCGAUAUUGUCGAAACUUAGCGGAGUCAUACCCACGUGGAAAAUCAUCCCUGGCCAAGACAUUAUUGAUGCUGCUUUUAAGCAGCCAGAAAUCAGAAAACAGGUUAGAGAAAAUCCUUACUGCUACAAAGGUCGUCCACGCUUGAAGACUGCGUAUGAGCUAUUGAGGAUCAGCACCGAUCUCGAGAAGAGGCUGAAUGAGGUUUCUUUACCGUUCAUUGUUUUGCAUGGAGAAGACGAUAAAGUGACAGACAAAGCGGUGAGUGCAGAACUGUAUGCAGUUGCGUCGAGCUCGGACAAGACGUUCAAACUGUAUCCUGGAAUGUGGCAUGGUUUACUCUAUGGCGAGACACUAGAGAAUAUUGAGAUUGUUUUUGCUGACAUCAUUGGUUGGUUGGACAAGAGAGCUUCCGAAGGAAAUGGAGGGUUCGAGUCCGAACUUAAACGUAAAAAAGAUGGUGUCCCUUCUAAGGAGUAG